GCUAGACUUGAAAGAGAGAAUAAUAUUAAAGAAUUUAAAACAGAUGAAGAUCUUCCCAAAUAUGGUGCUGGUAGUGAAUUUGGAAGAGAGCAAAGAGAGGAAGCAAGAAAAAAGAAACAUGGAAUUGUAACAAAAAAAUAUAAUCCUGAAGAUCAACCAUGGAUAUUAGAAGUUGGAGGUAGAGGUGGUAAGAAAUUUAAAGGCAUUAGAGAAGGUGGUGUUGCAGAAAAUACUUCUUAUUAUGUAUUUAUGCAGGCACCUGAUGGAGUUUUUGAAGCCUUUCCUGUCAGUGAAUGGUAUAAUUUUGCUCCUAUUCAGAGAUACAAAGCUUUAACUGCAGAAGAAGCUGAAGAACAAUACAAUAAGUAUGAUAUUAAAAUUUCUGAUAUGGAUGAAUGGUUGACGGAUUCUGAUGAUGACGAACGUGAUGAUGAGAAUAAUGACAAUGAUAAAGAUGAUGCUGGUGAUAAACAGAAAAAGAAGAAAAAGAAAGAAUCCAUUACUGACAAAAAGAAGAAGAAGAAGAAGGAGCAUGCUACUGAUGAUGAAGCAGUAGAAGAAAGUGAUGAGGGUGAUUUUGAUGACAGAGAAGUGGAUUAUAUUUCUAAUAGUUCUGAAUCAGAAGAAGAACCAGAAGAAGAAAAAAUAAAUAGAGAAAUGAAAGGUGUUGAAGAUGAGGAAGCAUUGAGGAAAUUAGAUUUAUCUGAAGAUGAAGAAGAAAAUGAAGAAACUAAAGAAACACCAGAAACUGAAGAAACUGUACCUGAAGAGAAACCACCAGUUAAAGAAAAAGUUAAAGCUAAAAAAGCUGAAGCUGCCUCUUCUGGUGAAUCAACUUCAGAAUCUGAUGAUUCUGAUUUUGAUGAUUCAAAAUUCCAUUCAGCAAUGUUCAUGCAAAAACCUAAGAAAAAUGGGUCAGAUAAUAGUGCCAGUAGCAGUCGUGCAAAUACACCUACGAAAAUGCUUGAAGGUAAGAAAUCUAUGAAGCGUAAACUACUUGCUUCAGAUUCAUCACAUUUUGAUAAAAAAGCAAAAAUUGAUAGUCAGCCUGGAACACCAACAAUGGCCAACUCUUCCGAUGGAAUUACAGAAGAAGCCGUGCGUAGAUAUCUCAUGAGGAAGCCAAUGACUACAACUGAACUUCUACAGAAGUUUAAGAGCAAGAAAACUGGUUUGACUAGUGAUCAAUUAGUUACUACAAUAGCAAAAAUUCUGAAGAAACUUAAUCCAGAGAAACAAAAAAUAAAAGGAAAAUUGUAUUUAUCUAUAAAGCAACAGCAGUAAAGAUAAGUAAUGUUGAUUGGAAAAUUGUUUAUGUUAAAAAUAAAUAUGAAAGUUUUAUAUGAUUUUAUGAAUUCAUGUAACUAAACAUGUUUUGUUUUUCUUAAUUGGAAUUUU